AUGAUUUUGAUCAAGACGUGUGAGGCGCAGGGGGGUGUGGGGGCAGCAGCAGAGCUGAAGCAGGAGAGGGAUGAGCCGUGCUCGCCCCUGCAGCCUACGCUGGCCUCUGCAGCCUGCACUCGCCCCUGCAGCCCACGCUCGCUCCUGCUGCCCGUGCUCGCCCCUGCAGCCGCGCUUGCCCCUGCAGCCCGCGCUCGCCCCUGCAGCCCGCGCUCGCCCCUUCAGCCACUCUCGCCCCUGCAACAUGUGCUCGCCCCUGCUGCCCGCGCUCGCCUCUGCAGCCCGCGCUCUCCCCUGCAGCCACGCUCGCUCCUGCAGCUACGCUCGCCUCUGCAGCCGCGCUUGCCCCUGCAGCUGCACUCGCCCCUACAGCUGCGCUCACCUCUGCAGCCCGUGCUCGCCCCUGCAGCCGCGCUCGCCCUUGCAGCCCGCACUCGCCCCUGCAGCCCGCACUCGCCCCUGCAGCCGUGCUCGCCCCUACAGCCCGCGCUCACCCCUCCAGCCGCACUCGCCCCUGCAGCCCGCGCUCGCCCCUGCAGCCCACGCUCGCCCCUGCAGCCCUCCUUGCCCUUAGGCCCGCACGCUGCCCUGCCCUGCAGCCCGCGCUCGCCCCUGCAGCCCACCCUGCCCUUAGGCGUGCGCGCUGCCCUGCCCUGCAGCCCGCGAGCUGCGAUGCCCUGCCCUUAG